AUGAAGGCAACGUCCAGGCGGUGCGAGCCUGUUGAAGGCGACCGCUGCAGUGCUGCUGCACGGAUCAGAAGGGGGGGUAGUGUUCAUACCAGUGUAUUGGAUGGUGACUACCGGCGCCUGCCAAUGGAUAGAUCAGAUGGCGGCUGCCGAUUCACGAUGUCAUCCUGCGUGGCGGCCCUGCUGCUGGCCACGAGCUGCUACGCUGACACCGGCAGCACUGAGUCGACGAGCGCCGCCGCAGACCAGGGCGCCGCAGCGGCAGCGGGGGCAACUGGCGACGGCAGCCGCUUCGGCAACGCCCGACCCCGCCCCGCCCGCGCCACCCCCGCCGACGACACCUCCCCCGCCCCCCGGCCCGCCCCCCACCCCCGCGCCGGCGCCCCUGCCCUCGGCGCGCACCCUGGAGCGCGCGCGGCGCCCCGCGCCGCCGCUCCCCGCCUCCGCGCCCGACGCCCCCGCCAGCACCAACGUGCUGCGCUCCAUCGGCGCCCCGCCUCCCGCCGCCCGCGCCCCGCGCCCCGCAAGAGCGGUCGCAGCGUCGGCGGCUGGAACAUGCCCCAACACGCAGUACCACAUCCAGACGACGAAGGCCCGGAAAGGUACUUCAAGUACCAGACCAAUCAGCGGGCAGUACCGCAAGGAGAAGCGCCUGCAGGACGCACCGUGGUGGGCACCUACGCUGGGUGGACCCCAACGCGCUACCUGCGCCUGCGGACUACGUGGCGGACAACACGGGCUACCGCGUGCUCAAGACAAGAUGGUGUUCGUGGCAAGGACGAGUCCGUGGGCAACGCCGUCUCCAAGGCCAAAUACGUGCCCAGCCAGGGCGGCUCAGCCUACGUCCGCCGCACCAGCACGGCGCCCGCCACCACCCCCGCCCUACACCACCCAGCCCUACUCGCCCUUCAGCAACCCCCUGCUGUACCGAGCCUCGCCACGCCGCCCUCCAACUCGCUGGCCGGCAGCGCAGGCGCAGGCUCCAACUACAACUACAACUACAAACAGCGGCCCGUACUCCCGUACGACGGGCGGCGCUACGACAACGGCAACUUCGGCCAGCGCAUCCAGCAGGCGCAGCCGCAGGCGCCUUCCCGCAGUACGACGGCUUUCCGCCACGCACAACGGCUUCGCUACUACCUGCCGCGCCACACCACGAGGAGGAGACGCUGCCGGGCCAGCAAACGGCCGGCAGCUUCGGCUACAUCGACCCCUUCGGCAUCCGGCGCGUCAUUACUACAACGCUUCGCCCGGCGGCGGCUUCGUGCACAGGAGAAACAACCGCUACGUGGGCUUCAACGCCACGCCCUACGACCCGCGCUUCUUUGGCAGCGCCAGCACCCCCCCCCGCCCCCGCCCCCGCCCCGCCCCGCCGCGAGCGUCGCCAAACUCUCAGGGUGCGACGUGGUCGCCCACGUGCCAGUUGCUUUCUCGCUCGUCGGCAAACUAAACGCAAGCCCGUCGCUGGGCCCCAUCACUGCGAUGCCUUACGCCAGCUCAAAUUUCCAAACGGGUGCCUGA